AUCAACAUACAUCCGGAUGCUGUCAGAGUGGCGUUAAUCACCUUCUCGGGCAAUCCAUUUGUACAUUUCAAAUUCAACGACUUCACGUAUGGUAAUAACACAGCGGUGAUUCGUCAUUUGAACACGUUACGUUCAAUCAAAGGCACAACAUCGACACAUUUGGCUCUACACGAAGCGUAUGAUCUGUUCACCAAUCGAGAUGGAGACAGCGGUGCACGAGAAGGGGUACCGAAACUAGCCAUUGUAUUGACCGACGGUCAUUCACAACGCUCUCCGAGAAAUCUUGCGCAACGUCUUAAAUCCGAAGGAGUUGAGAUUUUAGCCGUUUCGAUGACCCCAAGACCGUACGUAGAUGAGCGUGAACUGUUGGGCAUUACAGAAGAUGCAUCGAAAGUAUUCACUCCAUCCAAUGUUCAGGAUUUUGAGAAUGUGCUGUUAGGGUUUGUCGGCUUCGGUUGUCCAGGAAUGACGUUAGACCCAGAUGCGAAGCCGCGAGUUCGAGGCGCAACCGACGUAACAUGCGGACAAAAUUCGCUAACGUUCACCGUGAGAACACAAAAGCCAAUGACUGGUCUGAUGUAUGCACAGCUCUAUCAUGAUGAUUCUAAAUGCGUCAGGGUCACUGAUGGUAGCUCGAGAGAAAUUUCAAUUACGUUCGUCGAAGGAACCUGUGGCUUGUCGAAGACACCUUCUAAACGUCGAGAUGGUUACACGUACAACAUCACAGUGAUUCUCCAAUUCCAUCCACUUAUCAUCACACGUGCAGAUCAGGUAAGUGAU